AUGGAUUUGCCUCAGCGUAGAGGACUAAACGGGUCCAGACUUGGCAAUGAUGUCUGGAAACAAAUUCAAACAAAUUCUUUUUUAUCUGCUCGACCAUUCUUGACAUUUAGAGAGUUCAAAUCAUUGAGAAACAACCUAAUACGAGAGAUCGAGGAUAAAAAUGAGCAUAAAAUACUUCACUGUGAUAGUAGUUCUCUGACCGCAAAGGAUGCCGUUUUAGCUGAUUUAGCCUUGGAUGAUCAGCGACUCGGCGAUUUGAGAGAUGAACAUUGA